GUGUGUGUGUGUGUGUGUGUUUGAGACACAUGCCCCUCAGAGUAUGUGUGGGAGAAGGAGAGCAACAGGCAGAGGGAGAACACCUAGAGCGAGAGCAGGACAGAGAGAGAGAGAGAGAGAGAAUGUGUGUGAGUAACAGCAGCAAAAGACAGUUCUUUCCCCACACUGGGGCCAGUGGCCAGUGAAGGAAGGAGGGAGAGAGAAGGGCAGGGUCCUCAGCGGGGUGGAAAGGAUAGCAACUCAACACCAAAAAGUGGGAGAACAGUGGAUAAGAGGAAGAAAGAGAAGUGAAGAGAAGAGAAGUGAAUAGAAGUUGCUGGGAUGGGCUGUGUGUUCAGUAAGCAACGGAGGGUGAAAGAGAACACCCCCAGAACACGAGAGUGCACCGAGGAUACAGAGAUACUCAGCCUAACAGAGUUGGGGGAGGUUGAAUCACACUCUUUCAAAGGGAAAAAGAAGCAGUGUGCUCUGUGUACACAGACCCUAGACAGUGAUGGAGUCUACUGUAAAGAAUGUAAAACUGCAGCUCGUAAUAACCAUGAACCAAAGGUCUCUGGGUCCUGCGCUACAGCUGCAGAUCCUGUACAAAAAUCAAACUCUCUCAGAGGUGACCGUGAGGCGGCAGUGAUGCACAGAGUGAUGGACAGAGUCAUGGAGAGUCGGUAUGACUUUGACCUGAUCUACAUCACUGAGAGAAUCAUCUCUGUUUUCUUCCUGCCCCAUCUGGAUGAGCACCGCUACAGCAGCAACCUGAAAGAAGUGGCAGCCAUGCUAAAAUCUAAACAUCAGGAUAAGUUUAUGGUCAUCAAUCUGUCUGAGAAACGUCACGACAUCUGCAGAUUAAACCCCAAGGUAGAAGAGUAUGGUUGGCCAGACCUGCACGCUCCUCCCCUGGAUAAAAUAUGCGCUGUAUGUAAAGCCAUGGAGGCCUGGCUGAACUCUGACCCAAGCAAUGUUGUUGUGCUGCACUGUAAGGGGAACAAAGGAAAAACGGGAGUGAUUACAGCAGCUUACAUGCACUACAGCAAGAUCUCAGCUGGGGCAGAGCAAGCACUGACCACUGUUGCCAUGAGAAAAUUCUGUGAGGACAAAAUCUCCCCUUCUCUACAGCCAUCACAAAGCAGAUAUAUUUACUACUUUGCUGGGCUUCUGUCAGGCACAAUCAAGAUAAACAGCUCUCCUCUGCUCCUGCAGCAAGUUCAUAUUCCAUCACUACCUAACUAUCAGCCAGGUGGAGGUUAUGCUCCUUUCCUGAAGAUCUACCAGUCUCUGAAGUUGGUGUAUACCUCGGCUACAUACAAUAUUGAAGAUUCCAGGAGCAAAACCCUGCGUAUCAGUAUUGAACCAGCUCUGCUGCUGAAGGGGGACAUUAUGGUAAAGUGCUAUCAUCGACGUGCAGGAUUGUGUGAGAGGGAAUGUAUAUUUCGAGUACAAUUUCAUACCUGUACAGUUCAUGGGGCUCAGCUGUGGUUUGGAAAAAGGGAACUGGACCAAGCAUGCACAGAUGAGCGGUACCCAGCUGAUGCCACAGUAGAAUUGGUGUUUUCUACUAGUCCACAGCCAGCAAAAGGAGGGGAUUCUCUGCAGAGUGACCCUGGGGGCAGUGUGGAUUUUAGCUGUACAGAUCCUGUAGUGCGUUGGGACUCGUAUGAAAACUUUAAUCUUCAUCAUCAGGACAGCACAGAGGAUAUCUGUCACACACGUGGGCCACUGGAUGGCAGCCUGUAUGCUCAGGUGAAAAAGCGCCGUGUUCCCGGCUCUGGUUCCAACGGCUGCAAACCAGGUAUCAACCCUUCCUCUCCCACCACCAGCAAGCCCUUCCAACCCGUCUCUCCCAGCUCAGACUCUGGACACUCUUCCACUCCUUCUGAGCUUCUGGAGGAGCCUCCUCUACUUCCACCCCACAGAGAGGAUAUAGAGAGGGUUCAGGGGAGAAAGAGUGAGAAAGAGAGGGACAGAGAGACGGCUAUACUGGAUGAUGGUGAAUGUUCUUCUCUCCGACUGGUCAACUCCUGCUGUGGCCGUCCAUACUCCCAUCCUCAAGCCUACUGUGUCCCUGACUUGCCCAGGGCACACCCUCAAGCAGUCCGUCCCAAACACCACACUCUCCCCUGCAGUCUCACUUCUUCCCCCUUGAAUGUCCAUGAUGUGUGUGUAUCCCAGCAAGACCUCCUGUGGAAUAGAGGGCGCUGUCCACACCACGCCUGCCCACAACAAGCCCGGCCCCUUUACGCAUACCCAUCACAAGAUGCACACGCCCACUCGCCACUUAUGCACACUACUCGCUCUUCCCAUGCUCACACGCUUCCUGCACAGACUCGAUUGUUUUAUUCUGGGGAAGUAUGCCCUCUCUUCCAUUGCUCCACCAACUCCCAUGGCCACACUCACAUUCCACCUCCUCUCCCUUCCCACCAGUCACUUCCCCCAAGUCCAUACCGUGAGUUACGAUUCAGCUCGACUGGACAACCUUCCCACUGUUCUUGCAGGGACUGUGCCCACCUGCCAGACGACAUCCCCCUCCACUCUCUCAGAGUAAGCCAAUUAGAGAGUCUCCCUUGGUCUCGAGAGGCAGGGUUUGGGUGCAGGAGGGAGGGACCUGUGCAUUGGGCUAGAGAUGGAGCCAUUGAGUCACACUGGCGGCACAGAACAGCAAUGUCACCUACAAUGCCAUCCUAUGGACAUGGACCCUGCCAUUCUCUCUCUAUACAAGACCCUCCUGUCUAUUUAGUGGACCAACGACCAGACAGUCCCUCCAAUCCAUAUCCAAGCCCACACAGUAGUGGUUACCACAGCCCCCAUCCUCCCUGUCCCUGUUCCCCUCCCCAGGUUCGAGACAGUCCAGGCUAUGCUUCAAUGGGUCAUUCUCCAAGUUCUUCUCCUCUGGCUCUUACCCCAUCUCCAAAAAGAGCCAGUCUUCCCCAGCGUCCAUAUAUACAGAGCCCACUGUCAACUGGAGUGGAAAACAGUCUUCAUUGCAACCACACAGAAACAAAAAGUCCCCAGAGUGACUUAGAGGAUGGUAAUGCAGAAGAUCUUUCUAGGAAAUCCAGAGAAAGUGCAGGAGCACCACUGGAGCAAGAUGAUUCAGAUCAAAGAGGCCUGACGCAAGCAGAGCCUUUUCCUAGGGAUGCUUCUACACAAUGCAGUGUCCCCCUUGAGGCUGAACACAUCGACGAGUCACACACCACUGAGAUUAAGGAUCCACCUGUUACAGAGUCCAUAUCCUCCGCAACUGUCUCAAGUGAACAUCACGCAAACUCUGACUCGUCACCCACAUCUCAGAGGCCAGAUUCGCCCGUACUUGUUUUGCAAAUACAAGAGACCACCUCAGUACCGUUUGCAAGCACCAGUCACCAAGAGAUGGAAUUGAACAAGAAUGUGUGUCUACGACCAAUCCUCAAAUCCUCUUCAACGUCUCCCCAGGCUUCUACCUGUGCUUCAGAGAGAAGCUCCACCUCUGAGCUUCCUUUACUUGCCAUCAGUGCUGAGGGUCAUAGACUGACCCCUCUGACCGAUGGAGCCUCCUCCAAUGAGGAAGGAAGCAGCAAUGAUUUGAGAGCUCCUUCUCCAGUUCCUGAUGGCUACAUCACACCCUCAUUCCCAUUAGCAUCACCCAGCUACCCACUUCUGACUGUUCCUCAUGUUCCAUACACAGGAUACACUGAAGUUACUAUUCCAGCCCCCCCUCUUCAACCUCCCUUACCUAACAAACAGCAUGCCCCUCCUCUUCAGGAGCCCCAAUCUGGCACCUCGUCCAGCAAAUCCGCAGCACCUUCCAAUUCUUCCCCUGAGGUACAGGUCUCCAUCUUAACCACUGCAAAUGAACAGAUUUCCCCAUCUAGACACAAAAGAGUGCCCCCUAAAGGAGUGGAGAAUCGAGAGAGCCGUGUUAGCUCCAAGUUUGUGCAGGAUAGCUCCAAGUUCUGGUACAAGCCCGGAAUCUCCCGAGACCAGGCAAUUGCUGUUCUGAAGGACAAGGACCCUGGUUGCUUCUUGAUAAGGGACAGCAAAUCAUUCCAAGGUGCAUACGGACUGGCCCUCAAAGUAGCAAUACCUCCAUCGCAUGUAAUUAACCAUGUCAACAACCAUAACUCUCAGGAGCAUCUGGUCAGGCACUUCCUGAUUGAGAGUGGAGGGAAAGGAGUAAAAAUCAAAGGCUGUCACAACGAAACCUACUUUGGCUCACUGUCCGCACUAGUAUAUCAUCACUCCAUCGUGCCUGUCUCUCUGCCCUGCACUCUACGCAUCCCAGACAAAGAUCUUGUAGGAGAGCUGCAGGAAUUGCAGAGUGGCACCAACACCAGCACAGCUGCAGAUCUGCUCAAGCAGGGGGCUGCCUGUAAUGUUCUGUACCUGAACUCUGUGGACAUUGAGUCUUUGACUGGGCCACAAGCUAUCUCCAAAGCAAUAAAGUCUACUCUGAACCAGGACCCCUGCCCAUCAGCAACCACUGUCCACUUUAAAGUUUCAACACAGGGCAUCACUCUCACAGACAAUCAGCGCAGGUUAUUCUUCAGGAGACAUUACCCUAUCCAUAGUGUUACCUUUAGCAGUGUGGAUCCACAGGAUCAAAGGUGGACUAAUGCUGAUAAAACUUCCAACAAGAUGUUUGGGUUUGUAGCAAGGCGCAGUGGUAGCAGUCAGGGAAAUGCGUGUCAUCUGUUUGCGGAGCUUGACCCAGAACAGCCUGCCACUGCUAUCGUCAAUUUCAUCAAUAAAGUCAUGCUGGGACCACAACAGCUGCGAAAGUAAGAGAAGAGAUGAGAAAAGAAGAGAAGAGGAGAAGUGAAGAGAAGCUAAAAGAAGAGAAGGGAAAUUAGAAAAGAGAAGAGAGAAGGGAAAAUAAUGGAUCAGAUUGAAAGUUUUUUUUACUUUAUUACAAGUUAAUUUAUAUAGUAAAUUUCUGUUUUCAAAGUUUGAAUUAUUAUUUAUUUAUCAUUCAUUAUUAAAUGAUGGUGUAAUUGUUUAAAACGUUUAUCAUUUUAAUGCCUUUUGACAGUCUCGGUAAGAGUGGAAAUACAGGGAAGUCAAUUCAGUGAGGAAAUGUACCUAAAAGGUAGUACUGGAAGCAGCUGUAAGUGAAAAGCAUGUUUAAGAUACAGAAGUGGUAUCUGCAGAUGGAGAGGAGAUGAAUGUUGCCUUCUUAAAGCCAUUUGCCUCAAUGCAGAAAGCUGUUAGAAGGCAGUAGAAUAGAAGAUUGGUGUGAUGGAACUGAAUGAUUGUAUCAGAAUGAAACUGAGGAUUGUUGUUUUUAUUACAGAAAUGAGAGUGGUGAUAAUGUUGUGUUGAGAAAGCUUCCUUGUGUUUAGCUGCAUUGUUAUUAAUGCAUUAUUUAUAUUUUUAGGCAUGUUAGCAUUGCUGUCUCUCUCAUGAUUCCAGUAAAUACACUAUUGUGAAACCUGUGAUGUUCAUCUGAUGGUCUUCACCACUUUUUAGUGGUUUACUGCAAACCAAAUAAUUUUUUGUUGCAAUCGAAAUUUGAAAUCUUUGGCAUUUUACCCUGUCAUUUACAUCCUACACAGCUGAAGCAGUGCAUUUAAUCUUAGGUACAUUUUAAGCUAAAAGAGAUGGGUAGCCGGUACUUUAUUCUUACUCAUUAAAUUCAUCAAGUUGUAAAAUGUAUCAAUUUAAACUAUUUUAUUUUACAGCAAUAUUCAAUUUAGCUUAACUUGGCCAAAAAGGGACAUUUUUAUUUCACUACAGUUAUCUUUUUGGGCUUUUUAAAGUUUCUAUAUUAAAUCAAAUGGUUCUAUGUAGAACCAAUGGCACAAUUUGGAUAUAUUUAAAGUUGAAAGUUAUUUGCCUGGUUAAAGGUUCUUUGGUUAAAAACAUUUUGUAGAUGGUUAUUUAUUGAACUUUUUAAUAAAUUGUUUUAAAAAGA